UCGUCGUCGUUUCUGUUCAAUGUAUCACAAAUGUCGAUCAUCAUCAUCAUCAUCGUCGUACCGUACAUGACAGGAACGGGAAUCCGUCCUCCGCAGACAGUCCCUAGCAGGAGUCUCGGCAGAAGCGCCGGAAAGGAAGCCGUCGGUGCAGUCAGAACGGGUGGCAGAAAGUUGAACAAGAUCCAGCAGAUGACGAGAACUCGUCAGCCGUUUAACGCAUCGAGUCCUACCACGGUCAACUCGAAAGAAAACUUUCUGGGCUGAGACACGGCAGGAGAGGAAGCAUGCAGGAAAAGGGUCGCAACUCAAGUGCGCUCCGAGUGGUUCUGGAAACUAAACAUCAACAGGACCAGCGUUUCUUUCUUCAGAGCGGUACCGACUGCCGGAGACAAAUUCCUUUUGUGUUGUCACACGCUCGGCCAUAAAGCCGAUUCUGAUUUCCAUGCCGAGGACCCCGCCCGAUCGAUCGAUCGAAAGGCGGGAUUGGACCCAGGACUCCACCCGAGAGCAGCGAGGGACCCAAUGCCCCUCCCCCAGGUAAUGCCCCAUGAUGCACCAAGUCCCCGCCCAGCUUGAGGCCGGGACAGUGUUCAGAAGUCCAUCAAAGGAGACCCACACGGGAAUGACCCGACUGGUUGCGUACACUUCCUGUUCGCCUUUUUGGAACGUGCGUCGUCAAAAUCGGCAUCAUGAUGAGCUGGCUGCUCCAAAUUGUUCCUCAACCCCCCGGGACAAAGCAACUCCACCAGCCCGACCCCCAAACGGGGCAGGAGGUAACAAUCCAGGAGCAGUCCAAACAGGAAGCGGCGUCAUCGGCGAGCAGCAAGGGGAAGGAUGCGGCGGACCGGAUGAGCCCAGGUCUGGACAAAGUCUUCCCUCCGGCCGUCGUCAGCAGGAACGACCGUCAGGCCGCCGCCGAGGAUGCUGCGCCGGCGGCAGCCGUUCAGAAGAAGAAGGAGCGGGAACGGCAGCCGGCAGCAGGUGACGGCCUCGAGACCGGGCGCGACGAGGAGGUCGGAGAUGUGAGUUGGAUUCCGCUGCUCGAGAAUAUCAAGAAGGAUGCCGGCGAGGCGGUUCUGGCUGAAGUGGAGAAAAGACUCGGGCGGCGGCGUCUGGAGGCCGCCCGCCUGGCCGAGGAGGCCGCCGGGAAGGCGGCGCAGGAAGCCCUCCGACAGCUGGAGGCGGAACACUCGGCCGCGAUCGUCAUCCGAUGUCUGCCCGAGGCCAACGAGCAACUUCCUAACAUCCUGGAGGAGGAAAAUGAGGACGAGCCCGGGUGCCUGCCUGAAGGUGGCACUCAAAGCUCAGUAGGACCAGGAGAAGUCAACGCCCUUUCUGAGACCAAAGACCCCUUGAGGUCCUCCGGGCAGGUUGAAGCUGGAGCAGAGGCUACGGAUGAAGGUCUGCGGCUGGAAGCAGGAAAAGGUGUGAUCCCCCCAGAGAUUUUCACGCCACCAAGCCGCAUCCCGAUGCUGAGUGUGGCCGACGCCGCUCUGUCAAAACACAGCUGGACCGCCGAUCUCUCUGCUGACGGUGAUGACCAAGAGUCAGUGAGGGGAGAGCUCAAGUCCUGGUCUAGUCAAAGUGACUUGCUGACUGCAGACGUCCGUCCGGCGUCAGCGGCCAGCGUCGGCAGCGUGGUGGUCCAGGACCGCCUUGGCCAGCUGGUCCGGCUCUUCAAAGGUCGGACGGAACGCUACAAAGACCGUCUGCUUGACCCGGAUGAAUCGGAGGAGGAAAGUCCCGCUACCUCUCCCAGCAAGGCUCUGCCACCCCCACCCCCACCCCCACCGGGAGAAGAAGACGAGUUGGACCACCCCACCAGCAGAAAGGAGAAAGAAGAAGAAGAAGAAGACGAGGCAGCCUUGCACUUUCAACUUCUAAGACAUGCUGUUAAAAUUCUAAAAUUUCCCGGCAUGCCCAAAUGGCUCCAAGCCAUUGUGGAGUUCCGGUUCCCCUCCAGCAUCGACCCGUUUACUGAUUUGGUUUACGUGGUGUGGCUGUUCUUAGUGGUGGCAGCCUGGAACUGGAAUGUUUGGCUGAUACCCAUACGCUGGGCCUUUCCCUACCAGAGCCCGGAGAACCUCAACCUGUGGCUCCUGGCUGACUACACCUGCGACCUCAUCUACAUCAUGGACAUCCUGGUCUUCCAACCCCGCUUACAGUUUGUCUCCGGGGGAGACAUCGUGUGCGACAAAAAGGCCAUGAGAGAAAACUACAUGACGACCGAGAGGUUCAAGAUGGAUGUCAUCAGUCUUUUUCCCAUGGAGAUCUUCUACUACUGGACAGGAGUCAACUCUCUGCUGAGAUUCCCUCGUCUGCUUAAGUACCACGUUUUCUUCGAGUUCAAUGACAGGAUGGAAGCGGUAAUGAAGAAGGCCUACAUCUACAGGGUGAUCCGGACCUCCACCUACCUGCUCUACUCUCUGCACAUCAACGCGUGCCUCUUUUACUGGGGCUCUGACUACGAAGGCUUGGGUUCCACCAAGUGGGUGUACGAUGGAAAAGGCAAUGCGUACAUCCGCUGCUAUUACUUUGCGGUGAAGACAUUGAUCACCAUUGGAGGACUUCCGGACCCGACCACCGUCUUUGAGAUCUGCUUCCAGCUCAUCAACUAUUUUGUCGGAGUCUUUGCUUUCUCGAUCAUGAUCGGACAAAUGAGGGACGUCGUGGGGGCGGCCACGGCGGGGGAAAACUACUACCGGGCCUGCAUGGACAGCACCACCAAGUACAUGAACUCCUACAACAUUCCCAACCCCGUUCAGAACCGCAUCAAGACCUGGUACGACUACACGUGGAAGAGCCAAGGGAUGCUAGAUGAGCAGGAGUUGCUGGUGCAACUUCCCGCCAAAAUGAGACUGGACAUGGCCGUGGACGUCAACUACUCCAUCGUCAGCAAGGUGGCGCUCUUCCAGGGUUGUGAUCGUCAGAUGGUGUUCGACAUGCUGACAAGACUGAAAUCUGUGGUCUACCUGCCAGGAGACUUUGUGUGCAAGAAGGGUGAGAUCGGCAGAGAAAUGUACAUCAUCAAGCAGGGCGAGGUCCAAGUGGUCGGCGGUCCGGACCUCAAGACAGUUUUUGUUACCAUCAGAGCAGGUUCGGUGUUUGGAGAGAUCAGUUUGUUGGCGGGGGGCGGAGGCAACCGGCGCACCGCCAACGUGAAGGCGCACGGAUUCGCCAACCUGUUCAUCCUGGAUAAAAAGGACCUGGCCGAGAUCCUGGUCCACUAUCCAGAAUCCCAGAAACUUCUCCGCAAGAAGGCCAAGACCAUGCUGACCAAGGACAAGAAGCCGGACGAAAAGGGAGGCAGCAAAGACGUCGCCCAGGUCAUUCCGGUUCGGGCUGACACUCCCAAAAUGUUCAAUGUGGCGCUGAGGGUGACAACGGAGGCGGCGACGGCGGGAGCCUCGGCCAAAGUCCAGAAGAGCUAUGGCCGGCCUCAGGACCAGGCUCCGCUCUCACCUCGACGUCGCGGCUCGUCGGUUGUCACCGUGACGUCUUCAAAGGAAGGGGAGGCGCUUCUGUCGGUGGACGCAGAUAGUGGAGCUGAGAAGAAGAAGCUGCAGGAAGACGCUGAGUAAAAGACUUCAGGCUCUUCACCUUCCCUCGAUUCCUUUCAAACACUUCCACAUUGUUGUUGUUAACGUGCAUCUCCCUGCGUAAUUCGUACAAUUCUCAGAUCUUGUCCAGCUUGUACAAUAAAGACUUUUCCCACGGC